AAAGAGAACAGGAGAGAAAGCCGACGGAAUGCUGUGAUGUCACAAGUUGAGUCAGAUACAAAGGCACGAGGACACAUCUGCACUCCUACUCUCUGGGAGAUCACGCUACAGGCUCCAGGGCUUCUGCCAAACAUCUGCACUCCCCUGCAUGCAGCUGAUGCGUGCAGUGUGACAGGCGGACAGGACCGCGGCAUGAACAGGGCCACACCGGGACGGUAGAGGGAGCAGAGCGCUUGGCCGGGUCGCCGUCCCGCUGCGACACGAAGCCGCCUUACAGCUGACGGACUGACUGACUAGCACCUGGGGCUGAGCGGAGCUUCCCCCCGACGGCUGCCAAAAUGCUGCAUCAGAUCCUGAAGGACAUGUACAUCGAUCCAGAUGUCCUGGAGGCCCUGAACGAGGAGCAGAAGAAAAUCCUGUUCCUGAAGAUGAGGCAGGAACAAGUCCGACGGUGGAAGGAGAGGGAAGAAAAGCUGGAAAGCGAAGGCGCUGGGGAUCAGAUGCCAAAAUCGAAGAAAGGUCCCAGUAAGAAUGUCUCCUGGCUCCUGGGCCGGGAUGGAGAUGUGCACGUCAAUGUGAUCGAAGACACGGACGAGCCGAUGUCCUCCACCGUCAUCCUAUCUCAGCUCAGGGAGCGCAAAGGGCACCAAACAGAUCUCAGGUACAAUCUGGAAAACAGAAGCCCUUCAGUGCCAGCCCAGACUGGGACAGAAAACGUUUCACCCAAACCAAACAUACGGCUGGAUUUCAAGGGCGUUCCUCCCUCCCCAGGGCCACGCAUAGUUGCACCCUCACAGGUAAAAACUGAAGACUCCGCGCCGGAGCCUAACUUGCUCCCUCUGCAGGAGCAACCUGGUACCGCAGAUGAUGAAGCCGUGGAGGACGAGGGGUCCGACAGCAGCGGCACGGAAGACUCGAGCGAUGUGAUUCUCCUCUACCGACCUCACCUCACACCUGCCCACCCCAUGUCAAUCUCCGACCGGCUCCUGGCUCGAAACUCCCAGGGUCAGGUGGAUGACGUCUGCACAUCAGAGACGAACGGGCCCCGCCCACAGGCCUCCCAGAAGAUGGAGCAAGGCAAGGUCCCCCAGACGCCAGCCGCACCCCAGCAGGCUGAAGCCAGCCGCACGGGGGCCGAGGCUGCGGGGGCCGAGGCUGCGGGGGGCACCGUCGCAGGCCGGGGCCGUGUGGCGCAGCUCAAGAAGACCUUCAGCCUGGCUAACAGUCCCGGGACCCCGAGCCGUACCAAACCCCCUGUGCCAAAUAAGCCCCCCCACCUGCUCGCCUCCCCCUCGCUCAGGUAAUCCCUGGGCUACGGACACCCCUCUAUGGACACUGCCCCCCCCCAUGGACUGCAGGCCAUCUCUGGAAAAAAAAAAAAACUACAUGCAUAGACACAGUGUUGGGUCUUUUUAUUAAAUUUUCCAUCCAUCCAUCCACCACUUUCAGCCACUUAUCCUGGUUGUGGUCACGGGAUUAUUAAGUUAUUAAGUGUUUCAAUUUCAUUUUGGUGUCGCUUUUGGAAUAAUGUGCUAAAUAAUGUUUCCUUUUGUUUACAUUUUUAUGGUAUUUGUAGUAUUGCUGUCAAAGGGAAAAAAAAAGCCAAAGAAAUGUUUCAUACACUGA